UGGGAAGUAACGUCACGUAAACAGGUUACCUCUUAUUGGUAUAUAAAAGAAACAGAAAGAAACUGCGUCACCAGGCGGUGUUUGUUGGUAGAGCAGUUCCUGUUGAGAUUCAGUAGUCUGAAAUGACAGUAUUUUGUCAUAUUUUAGCGACGGUGCUUUUCACCAUUCAAAUUUUCAGGGUAGAAUGUUGCUCUGGAGGUCCAAAAGAAGGAAGACCAAGACCACUAGCAAUAACGCCCAUUGCACAGCCAAGGCGUACAAUAAUUUAUCAAUUAACAGAUGAUCAAAAAUUGGAUGGAUCAGAACUAAAUCUAUCUGAGGAACAAAAACCUACAGGAGCUGAUCCAUUGCUAAGAGAUUAUAAAAAACCGGAUGCAGCAGAACUGAAUCUAUCUGAGGAACAAAAAUCUACAGGAGCUGAUCCAUUGGUAGCAGAUGAUGAAAAAUGGGGUGCAGCAGAACUGAAUCUACCUGAGGAACAAAAAUCUACAGGAGCUGAUCCAUUGGUAACAGAUGAUGAAAAAUGGGGUGCAGCAGAACUGAAUCUUUUUGAGGAACAAAAAUCUACAGGAGCUGAUCCAUUGCUAAAAGAUUAUAAAAAAUUGGAUGCAGAAGAACUUAAUCUAUCUCAGGAACAAAUACUUCGAGGAGCUUACCCAUCCGGAAUAAUGGAACCAAUACCGGCAAUAAUAGGAGGUCAAUUUUCAGAAGAGGGGCAAGAAUCUAAACUAAUAUUUUACUUGCCAGAUGAAUCAGAACUGGAAAGAGUGAAACCACAUUUGACAGAGACGCCAGAAACUAAAGCACCAAAACCAUAUGUAACUGAAGAGCCGUAUGCUGAAACUGAGCUAGUAACAGACCAAACGAACACGGAAUAUACAUGGAAGAUUACACCAAUAUCAUCUGAAAAAAACUGUCUUCCACCUGGAAGUCGGUGUUCCGAGAACGACCAGUGUUGUAAGUGGGACUGUGCAGUUUUCCAAUACGACCACAAGGAGAAAAAAUACUACGGGAAGUGUUUAAACCCUGAUAUGUUUUAUAUGUACGAGAGAUAUCUCAGUAACCAGAGGAAGAGAACAGCUUCCUAUGUAUUGCUAUCUCAUUCACAGGAGAACUAAAAGUUUAAACUUGUGAACAUCGGAAGGCCCAAAAUAGUAAGUCACAAAUUGUUAGGACUUCCAGGUAACACAGAAUUCAUCAAUACAUACAAAAAACGUAAUGGCCUAACCUGUUACAUUCCAACGAUUAGUAACAGUUUGUGUGUUAGCCUAUGUGUUGUUAUAUAAUUUGGAUUUAUUACGUUCUUUCCUUAAGGUUUUCAUUUGUAUUUCACUUUGUUGAUGGAUUAAAGUAUAUUAUUUAUCUUUUA